AUGUUUAUUGUCGUAGUAGGAGUUACUGUCUAUAUCAGAAAACGAAAGAAUUUGAAGUACUGGAAAUUUUUGAGAAAUGUGACUAAUAAUUUCAGUGAGAAAAACAUAUUGGGAAGAGGUGGCUUCGGAACUGCUUACAAAGGCGAAUUGCUUGAUGGGACGAAAAUGACUGUAAAAAGGAUGAAACCUGGUGCGGUUAGACAUUGUCAUUUGGUGGCACUUCUUGAUGGAAAUGCGAGGCUUCUUGUCUAUGAAUACAUGCCACAGGGAAGCCUCAUUGAGCAUCCAUUCAAUUGGAAAGAGGGAGGAUUGAAACCACUUCAAUGGAGUCAAAGGCUAGGCAUUGCCAUGGAUGUUGCUAGAGGUCUUGAUUAUUUGCAUGGUUUAGCACAUCAGAGUUUUAUACAAAAUCGAAAUCUUAUUCAUUCUUGA